UCGGCCAUGAGGCCCAGUUCCCAGACAAGCGAUCAACUACAAAAUGACUCUUUUCGAGGUUGCAGGAUGGGACAUCAAAUCCCAAAAAGUGCAGAUGGGUGGGCUUGCCAAGAAAAAGGAGGACAAAUCCACCAAAAAAAGCCUCCAACAAAAAGGAAACCAAAGCCAGCUCUCCGAAGAUGUGGCCGAGACUUCCGAAAAGGACGUGCUUGCGCCCGUGCCUGCCAUGUCCGCUAACUUGACUCCAUUGCAGCAAAAAAUGAUGGCCAAACUCUCGGGGUCGAGAUUCAGAUGGAUCAACGAGCAACUUUAUACCACGACUUCGGACAAUGCGCUCAAGCUCGUCAAGAACCAGCCCGCGCUUUUUGACGAAUACCAUCAGGGGUUCAGAUCGCAGGUGCAGCAGUGGCCGGAAAACCCCGUCAAUGUGUUGGUGGACCAGUUCAAAGCCCGGACGGCUCGGCCAAUCAAUGCUCCCGGAGGAUUGCCCGGGUUUGCCAACAAGAAGAUUGUACUUGCUGAUAUGGGCUGCGGGGAGGCACAGUUUGCGUUGGACAUCAACAACUUCGUGAAGGAACACAACAGCAAGAAAUUCAAGAAAACCGACAAGAAGACUGUUGGCCCGCAAGGCCCGCGGAUCUUGGAUGUGGACGUGCACAGCUUCGACUUGAAAAAGGCCAACGAGCGCAUCACCGUGGCCGACGUCAAGAACGUGCCCAUGAAGGACGAGUCGUGCAACAUUGUCAUUUUCUGCCUUGCGUUGAUGGGCACCAACUUUUUGGAUUUCAUCGAAGAGGCCUACCGAAUCCUUGCGCCAAACGGCGAGCUCUGGAUAGCGGAGAUCAAGUCGCGGUUCAGCGAGUCGACAAACGCCAAGGCCAAGCCCAACGGCGUGAAUGCCGUGGGGGAGGAGUUCGUGGAUUCCUUGAAGUUGCUUGGCUUCUACCACAAGAAGACGGACAACGCCAACAAGAUGUUCACGCGGUUUGAGUUCUUCAAGCCGUCCAGGGAGAUCAUCAACCAGAGGAACGAAAAGUUGCAGAAACGCAAGAAGUUCGUGGAGCGCGAGUCCCAGAAGGAGGAGCUAGACAACAAGCGCACUAAGGCCCCCGAAGGCGAGUGGUUGUUGAAGCCCUGUAUUUAUAAGAGGAGAUGA